UGGGGACAACCCGGGGCGUCCCUGGAUUCAGCGAGGACCCUGCCAGCAGGCCUGGGGGCGGGGCCUGAGCCUGUCAGUCCCGCCGCAGUCUUUUGAGCGCGCGGCUCCUUCCUGAGGUCCGCUUCAGCCGCCUGCGACCCUCCAGCCUCCAGCAUGCCUGGUCCGACCCCCAGUGGCACUAACGUGGGCUCCUCAGGGCGCUCUCCCAGCAAAGCGGUGGCCGCCCGGGCGGCAGGGUCCACCGUCCGGCAGAGGAAAAAUGCCAGCUGUGGAACAAGGAGCGCAGGCCGCACGACCUCGGCCGGCACGGGGGGCAUGUGGCGGUUCUACACGGAAGACUCACCCGGCCUCAAAGUUGGCCCUGUUCCAGUAUUGGUUAUGAGUCUUCUGUUCAUCGCUUCUGUGUUUAUGUUGCAUAUUUGGGGCAAGUACACUCGCUCAUAGACUCGGCUGUAUCCAUCUGUCAUCUGAAGAAGAAGGAAGAAAACCAACCUGUCUUGGACCAAAAGCAUAGUGAUUUUCUGUUCAUGAGAAAGAAAUUUUCUGUAAGCUUCCCAUUUUUAGAGGGAACUUAACAAGAAUUGAUUUUGAGGAAUCAGUUUUUUUUCUAUGGCUAAUCAAUUUUUUUAAUUCAUUUAUACCAAGUCUGAUUGUUGUUGCCGGGCUGUUAGGGCUUGUACUCUCUCUGCUUUUAGAUUUACAAAUAAAUAUGUAGAAAAAUGUC